AUGCCAACUCCACACAAAUUUCGAAAUUUCUUUAGUUUAGUUCCUAACCCUAAUAAUAAAUCUAAUGCAAAAGCAGUAUGCAUUUUUUGUAGUUCAAAAAAUGGAGGAGUUCAAGCAGCAGCAUUAAUAUCAGGAUGUUUUACAACGAAUAAAGCCAAUUUAUGUCGCGCUCAUUUAGCAAAUUGUAUCCAUUUUAAAAAUUCAUAUACUAGUGAAGAAGUAGAAGAAAUUUUAUCUCAACCAGUACCAGAAGAUAAACGAAAAUUAAAUGAAUCAAAUAUUGAUGAUAAUGAACCUCCGCCUCCUAAAUAUC